AUGCAUUUUUUAAACAAUAUAUUUGAAAAAACAAAAAUCCACCUAGAGUUUAGAAAAAAAUUAGACGAAAAAUUAAAUGAGCAUAUAAAAAGCGGUAUCAUAAUCGCAAAUGAAAAGUUUUCAGGUACAAAACAAGGUUAUAGAAAUAGCCGCAUAAAACUGAGUAACGAAUUUAUUGAGAAUUGUAAUGAGAAAUUACUUUUAGAUAUUUUAAAAAUUAAUAAAAAAUUGAAAUUAUGUUAUGAUGUAAAAUACCAUAUUAUUUAUAGUGUUUUACUAAAAAGAUGCAGAAAAAACAAUAGUAUUGGUGUUGAAAAGAAGUACGAACAAAUUAUGAAUAAUGUAUAUAAAAUAAAAAGAAAAAAUACUUCUUAUUUUAUGAAUCAAUACCUUAUAAUAAAAUGCAUAUACACAGGAGAAUUUGGAAAUGUAUACUAUUGUAGAGACGUUAUAGAAAACAAAAAUUAUUGUUUAAAAAUUUUUUAUUUGGGAUUAUGUUUAAAAGAAAAUUGUCCCUAUUAUAUUAACGACCAAGUGUAUUUAACUAACCACUUUUGCAAAAUUUUAAAUGAAAUUUUUUUCUUAAAUUAUUUGGAGAAUAAAAACAUAAUUCAUAUUGAAAAGAUAUUUUUUGAUGAAAAGAAAAAAAUCCUAUUUGCUAUUUUUCCAUACGUAAAAUAUCAAUCAAUGUAUUAUAAAAAAAAAUAUGGGAUAUAUUCAAUAUAUAAUAAAACUGUUUGUAUUGACAAGAAACAUGUACAAAUAAAUUUAUAUUCAGAAAAUUUCCUUGGACACCUAUUUUUAAACAUUUACAAUACCCUCAUUUAUUUGUUACAAAAAAGUGUAGCAUACGUAGACCUAAAACCUGAUAAUAUACUCCUAACAAAGAGAAAUAAAGAGGAAAUUGCUUCUUACAUUGUUCAUGUUAAAAAAAAAAAAAUUACAAAAACUUGUGCUUUAACAAAGUGUUUAGAUUUGGCAAGUAUAGAAACAAAUAUUAAGAAAAAAUUAAUUAAAUCAUCAAAAAUAGAAUAUAAAAAAGACGACGGUGAUGCAAGCUCCUUUAAUAAGAAAAUAUUCUUAAGCAGAAAAAAAAAACGGACGAAUGAAAUAAAAGGGGGUCAUUCUUAUUGUCUUUAUAAAAAAUUAAACACAGAAAAACUGAAAAAUAAAAAAAUAAAAUACUUAUAUAAUAUUAAUUUGUCACAAUGUUUCGAAUAUAAUAAUAAUGUAAAAAGGAUUUUCUUUAUAGAAAACAAGUUAAGCAAUAUAUUUUUUUCAGCAGAUGAAGCUGCUGUAUAUAUACAAACAUUUAUUCAAAGAAAGAAAACAGAAGAAUCAAAUUUUUUAGAACCGAAAAAGGGUAUUGUUUGUAAAAAGUAUAAAAACACCACAAUUAAUUCAAUUAAACCACCUACUAAGAGAUGUCAAAUAAACAAAAUAAAAAACUUAUCUAUUUUUAAAUACAUGGAGAACAAUUCUGUUAGUUUUUUAAAAUUUUAUUGGUUAUAUUUUAACCAAGAUAAAAUAGAAAACGUGAAUAAGGAUUUUUUAAUUUAUCUGGAUAUACAUUUUAUAAAUAAAUAUUUUUAUGAAGGUAUAAACACAAAUAAUAAUAUACUAGACCUAUUUGGAAAACAAGAACUUAAAAGACAUAAUAAGAGCAAAAUGAAUAAAAACCAAGAAUCGAAGAAGCAACACAAUAGUGAAAAUACUGAAAAUUCAAAUAUAAUAAACAGCGAAAACAGUGAAAAGGGGGAAUUACAGAAACAAGACAAUAAACAAUUCUGUUUUUCAGAAAGUGAAAUUAAUAAUAUGAAUUUGAUGAAGUUAAUAGAUUUUGACACAUGUUCUUUCAUUCUAAAAAAUUUUAGUACACAUAUUCAAGCAACGGAUAUUUUUAAUUCCUUUGAAUAUUUAUUCAAUGUUAAUAAUAAAGUUGCCCAGCUUUCGAAAAAGUUGUCAUAUAACUUUGGAUCUGUUCUGUAUACAUUUCUGUUCGGAAAAACUCCUUACUAUGGGGAUAAUAUAUUUGAAAUUUAUAGGAACAUGAAAAACGGAAAGUUGGUUUUUCCAAAAUACCGAAAAAUUGACAUAAAUUUAAAACACUUAUUAAGAAAUCUGCUAAAUAACAAUCCUGACAAAAGAAUGCAAUUCAAAAAAAUAAAAAGACAUAUAUGGUUUUCAAAGUUUGAGUGA